AUGGAUACCCCCAACGAAGCAGAAACAAGCAACAGUGCCACCGAGUUAAGAAAAGAGGCUUUGGAGCUUCGUGAGUUCAUCAAGAAAGUCAGAGCAGAAGCAAAUUUGGGUCCAAUGAUCAAGAGCAAACGAUCCUUUUCCCUUAUUGCAGAAGCAGCAGAUACAGACGAUGAGAGUAGAGGCAAAAGACAGCAGUUGGAGCAAGACCAAGCCGAGGCAGAAGAAGCAGUAAUGAUAGCAGCAACCAAGGAAGCAGAAGCAAGAAAAGCGUUGAUUGCAGAAAAGAGAGACCAGUUUUUCAGCCGUUUAAACUCUUUUUCUCCCAGAUUCUACUAUCGAAAGCGACCUUUUACAGCUCUUGAAUGUGCAAAAUAUGGAUGGAAAGAUACUCAUUUGGUGGGUAAAAAGGACUCCAAAACCUGCAUCUUGCAAUGUGAUGAUUGUCAGGGUAAAAUGUUUGUGAUUACCUUUGAUCCCAACGUUGAUAAUCCCAAAGUCCAGGAAGUAGCCAAAAUAUACAAGGAGAGUCUGGUUUCAUGUCAUGCAGAAAACUGUCGUUGGAGAAACGAACCUGACACAGACGUAGUAUACAACUUCCCUAUUCAAUCACUGGAGGAAGGCGUCAGUCGACUGAAACGAAAUGCCUUUUUUUUCGUUUUUGCACAACAGAGAGUCAAAAGCACAAUCAGUAAAGACACCUCCACAACAUCAUCAUCAUCACCAAGCCAGGAAGAAAAGAAAUUGAUUCCACCAUUGGAGCACCCGCUGGACGAUCUUACCUAUUCCAGAGUGUGUGCUUUGGGUGUCCACUUUCUGCAACAACGAGAAAUGAUGGGAAAGCCCGAUACCAACACUGUAUAUGCUGCUUACUUGUUAUCAUUGUUUGGAUGGCAACUGUUGAGUGAUACAUUGCCUGGUAUCCAGUGUGAUUUAUGCUGCAGUAAACGAGGAUUUCAUCAGAUCAAGGAGGGCGAAAAGUUGGAUGUCUUCAAGGAGCAUAAAGAGUACUGCCCCUGGGUGAAUUCAGAGACGGCGGAUGCAUACUCACCUAAAGUGCAUUUUUCAAAUCGAGAUUGCAAGAUUUGUGGUUACGAGUGGAUGGUUGAUUUGGUAGCUAUUGAAUAUAGCCUCAUUAUGAGAAACAAGUUUUUGUCAUUGGCAACAAUAGACGCUACAGACGAGAAACGCAACGAGCUGAAACAAAAGAGGCACAGGGCGAAUGACUUGCUGAAAUUAUGGGAUUCACAUAGCAGCAGCGGCAGCAGCAGCAACAGUGCUAGUGAGAAUCAACAGCAACCACAGCAGCAGUGA